AUGGCACACCCAUCCUCCCCGUCCCCAGCCUACCGCGCCGUUGAGGAUCGUGCACCAUGGUCUCCAGGCUGGAUUGCCCGGCUGCCGUGGCUGGGGUUCGCAGCCUUGCUUGGAUCUGUCUUGGGCCUGGCUGCGUCGGUCGGCAUUCUUGUUGCAUCCAACGGACGUCCCAUCGCCGACUGGCGCAUCCAACCCACCGUCUGGCUUUCGGUGGCAUCGACGGCAUCCAACAUCAUGCUACACUUCGCUCUGUCCGAGGGCGCCAACGUGUCGUGGUGGCGACGGGCCAUGAGGCCACAAACCCAGCUGGCUGACCUACAUCGGAACUGGGCGUUUGGAAACAGCCUGUGGACGGCCAGCACGGCGGGUCGACAUGUCGAUCUCAUUGCGGUGGCCAGCAUCCUGACGGCCAUGGCCCCGAUCAGCAAUCCGCUCCUGCAGCGCGCCUCGCGCGUGACUGUGGGCCGGCUCGAGGUGGUGUCGCCCGUGACUCUGAAAGUGCCCGUGGCGCAGGACAUACCAACGGGCUACACUGGAUAUAUCAGCGGCCGGGGGUACGCGGCGUCGCUCUUCACUUCCAACUACACCACGACCGUGCAGGAGUACUACAACAACAAUGUCACUCGGCUGCCGCACAAGUCGUCCUGCCAGGGAAACUGCAAAGCCCGAGUCAUGGGAGUGGGACUCUCGGUCAACUGUUCUUCCUACACCUGGCCGUUCAACCUGGCCCCCAGCACGGAGCAGCCGUACAAUGUGUCGAACGACCCGGCGGUCGUCAACGGCACCAACGUCUUCCAGAGCCUCUUUGCCUGGCAAGUUGCCUCGGGGAACAUGAGCCUGAACCUCCAGUACAAAGACCAGUCUCCUUGCACGGGAGACCUCAUUGUGCGGAACUGCACCCUGCAGACGGCGUUGGUGUCGUACCCCGUGGUGAUCGACGGCAACGACACCAUCUCGCUCGAUCCCUCCACGACCGUCUUCGAAGACACCAUCUCGCACAAGAUCAACCUCGACCUCGACUACGCAGAGGCCGGUCCUACUACGCUGGGCGGCUAUUACCUCGCCCUGAAGAACAAGUUCAAUUCUGAAGCCCACCUCCGCUGGGCCGGGGCCGUAGGCUACGAGCUUCUCACCACCGGUUCCACGGCGACGCAAUAUGCCGUCACCAACGCCACGACCGACACCAGCGCCGUCGAUGUCGCCAGCAGCUGUGGCCUUUCAUUUACGGAUCCCACCGACGAUCUGCUCGCAUCGGCAAGGGAGCUGAUGUUCCGCACCGCGCUGAGCAUUGCCUCUGGGAACAGCUCGAUGAUCCAGACCGUCUCUGGCACCCAAUUCACCACCCCUGCCGUCUACGAGUCACACUACCUCUAUCUCGGCAUUGCUGUGAUCCUGACCGGCCUGGCUGUCACUUUUGUGACUCUCACCUUUGUCGGAUACCAGACCCUCGGGCGCAGUGUGAGCAUGAGCCCGCUGGAGAUCGCAAGAGCCUUCAACGCGCCUCUGCUGGAGAGUUCGAAUUCGAAUUCCGACGUCAAGAGUCUAAUGCGGGCGGUGGGAGAGAGGAGUGUUAGGUAUGGCGCUGUAUCGGUUGACGCCACUGCGGACACUGGUGCGUACGUCGUUGGCAAAGAUGGCAGCAGCCAGGCGAGAACGGCGUCCACCGCGAGCAACGUGGACGGCGGACACACACGUCUUGAAAUGGCAGAUGAGGCCGUUGUGCAGAUGCCUCGAAAGGGGUGCACCUUCUCAUGA